AUUUGCUUUCCGAAAUCGGUCCCGUGGAGAGAUAAUCGAUAAGUUCAUCCCAGCCUAGGAGGAUGGUCGAAGAGAAGAGCGAUCGGAAGAAGACGAAUACUAUCAUUUUCGACGCGUCCAAAAAGGAGCCUUUCAACAUCAAUGAGGGCUACAAAAUACUUCACAGAAGACUGAAGAAUUCUUGGAAAGUCGGAGCCAACCGAGAUGCGAUAAGACAGGAGAUUCUCAGAACAUGUGACGUAUUCGUCCUGGCGGGUCCGAGGAUGAAGCUCCAAGACAGCGAAAUCGAAGCCCUCAAGGAGUUCGUCAGUGGUGGCGGACGACUCCUGGUGAUGCUCGGCGAUGGUGGGGAGAAGCGCUUCCAAACCAACGUCAACACCGUCCUAGAGGAGUAUGGGAUAAUGGUGAACAGCGACGCGGUCGUCCGGAACGUUUACCACAAGUACUUCCAUCCAAAGGAAGCCUUCAUAAACAACGGCGUUCUCAAUCGAGCCCUCUUGGAGUGUGCGGGAAAACGGGUUGACUCCGCUCAAGAUAAGCGGAACUCUCAAGGAUUAUCUCUUGUGUACCCCUACGGUGCAACUUUGAACGUCUCCAAAUCUUCGGUCGCGCUCUUGGGAACGGGUACUGCCUGCUUCCCGCUUCAGCGACCGAUAUGCGCCUUGAAUCAGCGCCAGAACUCCGGGAGGAUCGUAGUGCUGGGCAGCUGCCACAUGCUCAGUGAUCUCUACAUAGACAAAGAGGAGAACAACAAAAUUCAAGAUAUCAUCUUCCAACUACUGACCCGGGAAGACAUCAAGUUGAACCAAAUCGAUGCUCAAGACCCUGACAUCACCGACUACACGACGGUGCCUGAUAUCGGAUACUUGGCGGACCGACCGUUCGGCUGCUUGGAGGAGAGCGAAGAACUUCCGUCGGACUAUAUGAAAUUAUUCGAACUAAACCUCUUCAAGCUGGACAACGUCACUCUGCCUGCGGUUUUAGAGAGCUACGAAGAGUUAGAAAUCAAACACGAGCCUCUCGGAUUGAUUCGGCCGCAUUUCGAAUCGCCCUUCCCUCCUCUGACGCCAGCAGUAUUCCCGCCUCAGUUUCGCGCUCUGAAAGAUCCCGGCCUGGAGCUGUUCGAUCUCGACGAGGAGUUCAGCUCUCAAAUGGAACGAUUAGCCCAGCUGACGAACAAGUGCACCGAUGAAGAUUUGGAGUAUUUCAUCCUGGAGGCGGGAGAAAUCCUCGGAGUUUUCCAAAAUUCAUCCGUGAAACGGCAAGCUACCGCUGUCCUGGAUCACAUCUUUACUCAAGUCUGCGAAUUCAAGAAGCUCAAUCAGGACUGAACUUACAUAUAGAAAAUAAACGGCCAGAAGACUAGUGAUCGUAGGA